AUGACAUGUUUGGACGACUUACUGAUUAUGUAUGAUGAUGAUGAUUUGGUUGAAGAUGAAAAUCAUGAUGGGGAGGAGGAUGCUGGAAUCUCUAAUUUUGCUGAAGCGGACGAGAAUGGUGAUGAUUACAGUGUUUAUGGAAAGGUUGAAGAUGAGGAUGAGGAAGAUGAUGAUAUGUGUUUUGAAGAUAUCAAAAAGAUUGAACGGCUUUUCAUUGAUCGUGUUGGAAUCAUUGAUGGGUUGAAUCCGCAGCAUAUCACUGAUGCAAUGAAGAACAUGUUUGGCAUGACGCUUGAUUACACCACUUCAUACAGAGCACUUUUAUAUGCACAAAUAUUGGUGAGAGGAUCAGCAGAAGAUGGGUAUUCGCGUCUGCCAUCAUAUCUCGAGCAAAUCUCCUUAGCAAAUCCCGGUUCUAUGACGGCUAUAGAACUUGAUUCUAUCAAUAGAUUUAAGUAUCUAUUUCCCUCUUUUGGAGAUCAAAGUUUUAAGUAUCAGAGAAGGGUCAUUGUGGUGGAUGGGACUCACCUAAGUCGGAAGUAUGGAGGUGUUAUGUUAGUUGCAGCCGCACAAGAUGGGAAUUUUCAGAUAUUUCCAUUGGCUUUUGGGAUCGUAGAUGCUGAAGAUGAACCUUCUUGGGAACGGUUUUUCACAAAAUUGGCUAGUUGUGUAUUUGAUGAGCAGCCUCUGUAUAAAGGGAAACAUCUCUUGUGCUUGGUGAAAGGUGCUGCUUAUGCUCAUACGGUUUCAGAUUUUGACCGGUACAUGGCUGAGAUACGGAGUGCAAACCCGGACCUUGCAACGUAUUUGGAGAAUGCCGACGUCAGCCUAUGGUCAAGGGUUUUUUGUCAGGGGGACAUGUGCAACAUAAAGACAAGCAACAUUGCUGAAUCUAUUAAUUCCGCUCUGAAGCGAGCUAGAGGAUUUACGGUUCAGUUCCAGUUGGAGUUCAUAAGGGAGAAGCUAGGAAAGUGGUUUUGGAAAAGGAGAGAAGAUGCUUUGAGUCUCCCAACUCAACAUAGUCGAGGUGUUGAAUACUUGCCUGUUGUUUGA